AUGGCCUGUUCCGUGGGGUUUUCGUGCACAUGUAUUUUUGAAUUUUGAGGUUUUGAUUUGCAGAGAAGUAGUAAGACAGAAAAGCUUUCAUUUGCCAUACAUACGUGCUGUGCCUAUCGACAACUUCGUUCAUGUGGACGAAGAGGCGGUGGGAGGGAGUGGGGUAGGGAUUGACGAGCGUCGUCUGACGAGACAACAAAGGACUGCGUGCGUAGGAGAUCGUAUGGUUAUUAAAAUCACCAAAAAUGAAAGAAAUGACAAGACAACAUGUGAGAGAGACAAAGGAAACUUUUAACACGAAAUAUGAUCUGGAGGAGGGAGGGUGGGUGGUGUUUGAUGAUUUGGCAACCUUUUAAGAAAGCGUUUACAAAAACUUGUUGGGAGGCUGAUGAGAAAUUGGGGGGUCCCCCCAAAAAAUGGAAGUAAAAAGGGGGUGUUUGAAAAAUAUAAAGACUCUCAGGUGGGGGGGGUGCCUUAAAUAAUGAAAAACAAAAAUUGUCAUUAGCCAAAGACACCACACACAACACAAUUUAACAAAAUAUAAUAUUCAUUAAUUAGCAGUACUAUGUUUGCUUUGUUUCUUACAGAUAUAAUAACCUGUUUUUUUCUCUUUUGGUUCUGUUAUAACACCUAGUGCCCUGUUGUCAACAUAGAAUAUUCAUGUGUAAAAUGAAUAAAUGACAUAGAGAUUUUGUAACUUUUUUGCCAUCCAAAGACCCUUUUAAGGAAAAUAUGGCAGGUAUACACCUAGUGCCCUGUUGUUAAAUAGAAUAUUCAGAGCAUUGAUAAUUUUCAUCAAUCAGAAAACAUCAUAUAAACUAUAUUUUCUCAAUCAUCUCUUUUGUAACAUCUCAUUUCAUUUGAUUUGUGCAAAUAGAACAUCUCUAGAGUCAUUCAGAAUCUCUUGUGUAACAUGUCAUUUCUCUUCAGUUGAGCAAAUGAAUAACAUAAACAUAUGAUCAUUUCACUCUAUUUGAGGAAAAAAUAACAGGGUAACACAGAGCUCUUUUGCAACAUCUUUUAUUCCAUUUCAUCAAUUUCUUCUGGAUCACUUUCUUCUAUCAUCAGUUUCAUCAGCAUCAAGGAUAACAACAUCUUUAUCGACAUCAUGACUGCUAAGCAGUGUGUUGCAUAAUAAAAUCCCCACAUUCAUUCUAUUUCAAUUAGGUUAUUAAUCGUUUGGUGUUUGGAUUGCAGUCUUAAUAUUGUGGAAACAUUGAUUAAAGGUCACUUCAUUAAAUCUGUUUGUUUUGUUUAUCAUUGCACUUAUAUUUCUACAUUUUUAUGUCUUUAAAAGGUGGCAUCGCCCCUUUUGGCCAGCUGCCAUUGCUAGAAAUAAAGGAUGGAACCAGUUCAAAAUCUAUUAUGCUCUGUCAGUCUGUGGCCAUUUUGCGAUACCUGGCCAAUGAAUUUGGUAGGUAAAAGUACUUGUUGAAUAAGAAAUGACUUUUUGAAGCAUUUGCACAGGAUUAUAAAUAAGGAUCAAGAAUGCAUUUGCACAGGAUUAUAAAUAAGGAUCAAGAAUGCAUAUGCAUUGAAAUAUAGAGUUAAAUGUCAAUGCGUAGUUCCAGAAAAUAUCCAUACUCCCCCCCACAGAAGGGAUUGGAAAUUCCUGGGGGGGUGGGGAGUUCUCAAAGGCCCAAAAAUUUGAGUGAAUGUAUGAAGCUUGACUGGAAUUUCCAGAGAGGUUGGGGGGUCUAAGUAAAAAUCCCUUCCAUAGGGGAGGUAUAUGGAUAAUUUUGGAACCACACAAUAAUGUAUUCAAGGUAAUCCAUGGCAUCACCCCUGUAUAUAUAUGGUUGGUGUUUAUAGGACUGGCUCCUGAAACGAACUUAGAAAAAGCUUUUGCAGACAUGGUUGUUGAUGCAGUCAUGGACAUUAGGGCCAAAAUCAGAAAAUGCCGAUUUGAAACUGAUGCUGCACUUAAGGUAAACAUUCUAAUAAAUGUAUUUACCUUGGAGUUUAAGUUUGAUGCUCUGAUCUCCAUUCAAAGCCUUUGGUGCUGAUGAGGAGAAUUUGCUCAUCAAUCAGCAAGGCUGUGCUCUAAGGAACAUUGAAGGGAGCCCAGUACUCGGAACCUGUAAAAUCUAGGGUGCCCAGCAUAUGAUUUUGUGAAAGAAGGAAGAUUUUCAGUUGCCCAAGAGCUGAGGUUAGGCACCAGGGGCCACCUGGCUCUGCUAGAGCACACCCUUGAAUCAAGGCAUUCUUCACUUGUUGCAACCUCAUUCCCAGGGUUCUCUCCUACCUGCCCUAAGAGAGAGAGAGAGAGACCCUGGAAAACGCUGGUCACGUGUCUCCAGAGCAAAAUUAAUUCUGAGGGAGGAGUCUUUUGUCUCACAUUUAUUUGUCUGGUUUAUUCGCAACGUUCACGCAGUGGUCGCAACAGAAAGAUAGAUUUACUAACCCUACUACAACUAUAACUGAAACUAAGAGAAAUUUCUGCCUAAACAAGACUAUCAGAUAGACAAGUGAAUUACCGGAGGAAUCAAACACUAGCAUUGUUGCCAGUUUAACCAAUGACACCAAUUGCUAAAAUAUACGAUCUUGAGUUAUACACAAGCGAGUUAAUUUUUUGAAGGUAAAAUCCCUGUACGUUGAACUUCAAAAUUAAAAGUUUCAAUGUUUGUCUGACAUUUAUUACAAAUCUAUGGAUUAAAAAACCAAAGGAUGAACUUUAAAGGAGUCCUAGACCCCAUAUAAAAACAGAUCACCUAAAAAUAUAUAGAAACACGAUAAAAUAAUAGUUUCAGAAAAUACAGAAAUAUAAAAGCUGCUUAAAAAUCACUGAAAAAAUUUCUUAACUCCAGAUUUAAAAAUAUUUACAUUAUCAGAAACACGAAUGUCUAACGAUAGUUGAUUCCACUGUAAUUCUAUGGAAAAAACUAUACUUCAAGACAUUAGUUCUGGCAUAUUUCUUCUUUAAAGUUAAGGAGUCCUUAGCCCUACGUGAGAAGCAGUCAGCUUCUGAGUGGAAAUCUAUAAUUUUAUUGAUGUCAAUAUCAAUGUUGCCAUUAUUAGUACUUUAUUAUAUAAGAAAGUGACGUCAGCCAGUGAUCUUCUCUAAUCGCCAGUGACAUGAGGUUUAACUUCUUCAAACGAAUGUCAUAGGGAUUAUCACUUUUUAAGAUAAGUUUAGUCGCUCUUCUCUAUACUCUUUCCAGCUUAUCAGUAUUUCUCUUUGUAUAUGGGGACCACACCUCUGAACAAUAUUCCAAAUUUGAGUGGACCAAUGAGCAGUAAAGAGUACGCAAGGUCUUAGGGUCAUCCAGACCUUUACAAUUCUCUUAAUCAGACCGAGUAUUCUGUUAGCCUUGGAUACUAUGUAAUCUAUAUGUGGGUUCCAUGAUAAGUGAUGAUUUGUAAUAUUAUCCCCAAGUCUUUAAACUCUUUUACUUCUUCCAGCUCAGAGUUUAGUACAUGAGCAAUUAAGAAGCACAAUUUAUGAGCAAAGUACACUAUGGCUGAAGACUUGAUUGUAAGCCGUCAUAGUCAGUGAAGCGAACAACUCAGUUGCCGAUGAAUGGCAGAUGAAUCCUGAUGUGACGCACGUCCAUGAGCAAGGGACGUGACAACUUUGCCAUGUUAGAAGACUGGCUUUUCCUUCAAUCAAUCAAUCAACAACUUUUUUUAAGUGUCUAAUCUUCUAGCUUGCCGUCAGGCCUACUAAUGCGGGGACACUCCUUUAAAUAUUUCCUUCUAUUUAAUACAACACACGCCACUUUGGAGGUCUAAAUUUCGGAUACUAGGGAUAAAGAAGACGCGGACAAAAAUAGGAACUCUGAGAAUUUCGCACACAAGUUUAAAGCUUCACCGGGACAUCCCAUCCGGGAGCUUCACAGAGAGCGACUUGAGGAAAAUAGGAGCUAUUACUGACAAGGUUUGGUGACUGAGUAGAGCAUGCAAGUGUAGCCCACGUCGGCUAAGCUUUUAUCAUUAGAUUUGUACAAGAUCUUGUGAUCACAAUUCUGUGUUUUCGCUCAGCAUUAGCGAGUUUCGGAAACAUGCCUUUGAAAAUUUUCAGCUCUCAUGAUGUUUCUUGAUAUUUCUUUUACCAUUUUAUGGAGAUGUAAACUGAAGUCACCACUUACUGGAAACUUAAAAAAGCGUAUAAUCCAUUUAUUUCGAAACACAACACACGUGACUUAUACGACCUUUCUUUUCGUAAAGGUGUUUUGAAUACGAACGAACACAGUCAAUGUGAGGGGCAAAAACAGCAUUGAUGUAAAUGAACCAUAGGAUUUUAACUAAUAUAAGGGUCAAUUAUUGUGCAUUGAGAUGAAUCGUUUGAAAAGAGAGACUUCGCUUGAUGAUGUGAUCAGAAGUAAACAAAGGCAUAAUAGUGCAUCAUGUUCAGUCUUUUUAAUAUCCAAGGAGUCACUGUGAAUAGUGUUUCCAUAUUGUUUAGCUGGCACAAAAACUUUGGACGAGUUAUAAAGUGGCAUAGUUAUCUUCCAUGAAAAAAAGUUAGUCUUGUGUGACACAAACAGAACUGGAGCGAAUUUUUAACUCACAUCGGUAUCAGGUGAAAAAUAUGUUAUCAAUCGUUUCAUCUAUUUACAUUGUUUAAAGUGCGUGCUGGUGAACGCAACAUGUGAGCGAGAAAUCUUUAAACUUUUUUAGGUCUCAAAAUGCAAAGGAUUUUAUACCAUGAGGAAAAUCUUAAAACUGAAUAUUUUUCAUCUUGUGGAAAAAAUAGUGCGUUUUCAUGUAGACUGUGGACCGCAAAUUAGGAUCGCGCUUUUCUCAAACAUGCGAAUUCUGAAGUUCAGAAGCCAACUGACAAUUGCGUUUUUCGCUGCCGUCAAUCAUCUUAACGGACCUCUUAGGAAACAAAACUUUACUUCACGGGUUCAAAAGGUCAUGGUUUGUGAUUUGUGGAUUUCGAUCCAUUUUGUGUGUUUCUCUGUUUCAAGGUUCGUUGCUUGUGAUCGUAAUUAUGAUUGACGGCAGCGAUAAACACACUUGUGAAGGUGGCUUUUGAACUUUAGAGUUCGCAUGUUUGUGAAAAGUGCAGUCAGUGAGGCCCCUGGAUCAGGCAGGAUCAAUGGGCAGUUAACUGUCUGUUUUAGUAUACUUCUGGUUUUCAUACAAUACAAUAUUUCUGUCUAGUGUAAAUCAGCUCAGUCUGUCGCAUUUUAUGCUCGUAGAACGACAACAAUUUUUGGAAUUUCCGGUUCGUCAGAUUAGUCAUGUUAUACUGUCACGUGCCAACAUUUUUAUGGUAGCCUGACAACAAGCGGCCCCCCCCUCAGAAAAAAUAGCCCUUUGCAGCCCAAAGUUAAAAAUCAAUUUUUUAUACUAUUCUUGUUGUUUUCUAAAGUGGACUCCACAACAUAGAAAUGGCAAUUUAAAUCUAAUGCGUUUCGGUAUAAAUACUACUACCAGGAUACCUAAGUUAUUUUUGACUGCACAAAAGGUGAAAUGAUUGCAAAUUGUUAAACAUCCUGCUUACAGAAUGUCAAAAGAUUUUGUGCAUUAUUUUCAGCAUUCAAGAUCAGGUCAGGUACACAGUUUCAUGGCUGCACUGAUCUGUCUACGCUCUGUAGAGACAAAUCUCACACUUACCUGCCCCUCCCCCAAAUCGUUUGUUUGUAAUCUCCCAGAUUCUGAGAGACACGUGACCAGCGUUUUCCAGGGUCUCUCUCUCUCUCGCUCCGUAGGGCGGGUAGGAGAGAACCCUGGGAAUGAGGUUGCACUUGUUGAUCAUUUUUUACUCAUAACCCUGCUUAUUAUUGAUUAAGUAGUACACUGUAAGGUGAAAUUAAAUGUUGGUCACUCUUAGGAUUUAAAGAAUAAUUCUUUAACUUUUUUCAUUUAAUUAAGAACAGAACCAUUGUACUGAAUGUUUGCGUGUGUAUUUUGUUUACAUGCUCAUCCCCCUUCUCCCCGCCUUUUUUUUCUCGCCCUCCAUACCUGUCACCUUCUCUUUUGAUAUACUUGUGAACUUCUCUCAAUCACUUGCUGAUUGUUCUCCAACAGCGGGGUGGACUAGGGAUGUAAUGCCUGACUUGGGGGUUAUAAGGCUGAAUUAAGUUGUUAUUAACCUUUUAUUAUUAACAUACCCUGUGAGAAAGAGACAUGUGCACUUUCUGGUUUCCAAAUUUUCUUUCAGGAGAAGUCUAUAAAAGAGUUUCAAGAGUCUCUGCCCACUGAUCUUAAGAACCUUGAAAAGGUUUUAGAGGGUAACGAUGGUGGAAAGGGGUAUUUUGUCGGCAAAAAGGUAUGCACUCACUUAGACUGUAUUAAUUUUCUAAGAUUAUUUUGCUCCAUGAUUUUGUCAUUCAUUCACAUUUAGUGGAAUAUCAGGGUCAUCUGUCACCUGAAAGAUGAUGGGAGUGACAACCCAGCAGAUAUUAAGGCACCGAAAGUGCAAAUGGGUUUAAAGUUCGUUAACUUCCCAUUGGAGUCUAAAAAUGGACUCUUUUUCUUUCCAGCUAAGCUAUGCAGACAUUUCUUUCUUUAACUUCAUGAAUAGCUGGAUGGCUAAGGACAAGAUCAAUGGCUACCCAGAUGAAUUGAAAGAACUUCCUUUGCUACAAGGGCUUUACGAGCGCGUCCGCGAUAUACCAGCGGUUAAGACACGCCUCAAGACAAGGCCAGAUACAGUCCUGUGAAAGAGUUGAAUAAAUAAGUUACUAAGCAACUCAGCUUUGAUUAAAAGUGUAGAGUGCAUACCAUAAAUCCUCUAUUAAGCCCCUUCCCCUCUAAAAUAAGCCCCCUCCCUCUAAUAACCCCCCCCUCCCCUCCCCUAUUUAUUCUUCACCAAUAAAUGAUAGACUAUAUCAAUCAACCAUGACUGUAAAACUUUGUGUGCACUGAUCCAGGAUGGUUUAUUCUGAUUCUGAUUCUCAGCUGCAUGACCUAAAACUUCUUGUACAUGAGCUUUUCCACUUUGCAAUCUAGUUCUUUAUGGAGAACUGGUACCAUUGUCGUUUUUAAAUUAAAUAAG